AUGCGAAAACCCGACAGAGGCUGCGCGGCCCUUUGUAAGUUCUUCAGCCAUGAAGACUACCCAUCUCAAAAGGACUGCGAUGAACUCGCGGCAGAUAUUGCAUUGACCCAGCCAGGCACAUCUUCCAUUGAGCAAGGGUCUAGAAGCUACUCGGUCUUGGCUGGCGGUUACAUUAUCCAGUUCCGCGAGCCAUCGGCGAGGCUUGACAUGCGUCUGAUCCGGGCCGCCGAGACGACGUACGGUGGCUACGUGGGACAUGUCCUAGAAGAACGCGAGAUAGGCUGCCUAUGGGUGUACAGGUCCGUCCGCAUGAGAGGUGUGAGGCUGGAAGCUCUUCAACGCCAGCCAGCGCCCGAGCUGACCUCGUCUCCUCUAUUCCGGAUGAUUCCAAGUUUCGCAAGAUUUUGCGCUUCGGCUUGGAAGAACAAGCCCGCCGCCUUGCCGCCGCCCAGAGCGGGACUGCUCGACGAGUACACGACCAUGCUGGACCGGGUGCUCGUCCUGCUGCCGCAGCGAUACCACCGUGUGAUACGGUGGACGAGGGGGAACCUGCGCGUGCUCUUUGAGAGCAACUGGCCGAUGGUCGUCAACAACCUCUGUCUGCACCCGACCAACAUUGCCGUCGACGAGUGGACGGGCCACAUGCUCGGGCCCAUCAGCUGGAGCAAGGCCGAGAUCAGCCCGUUUGGCAUGUCCCUGGCCGGUGUGUACGUGCUUCUCGGAUUCGUGCAAGAGGGAAAGUGGAAACGUGUUCAGCACUACGAAGAGCUGCUCAGUCUCUUUUUCGACGUGCUGCUCAAGGAGAUGCGCGGGUCUCCUGGCCCCCCUUUCGAGACGGUCAUGACGUUGGCGGUUUUGUUGGAGCGCACGGCUUCGAUUGGCGAGCUGUGGCGGCAUAGGUCAAAGGUCUUUUCUUUUCGCGACCCUCAACUCAGUUUCCUUGAUUCGUCUCUGCCUUUAUAG